CAGGAAGUGUGUCGUAUUUGUUGUUCAGCGCUACGUUCUUAGAAGCGGUAAUCUUUGUGCGUUUUUUCUUCUUUUUUAAUAUUUAAAGAACAUUUUAUAAAGUUUACGUGUCGGGAGAUGCCGAAGGUCGUGUCCAGGAGCGUGGUGUGCUCGGACACCAGGGACCGGGAGGAGUACGACGACGGGGAGAAGCCCCUCCAUGUGUACUACUGCCUGUGCGGGCAGAUGGUUCUGGUCCUGGACUGCCAGCUGGAGAAGCUCCCCAUGAGGCCCCGGGACCGGGCCCGGGUCAUCGACGGGGCCAAACACGCGCACAAGUUCUGCAACGUGGAGGAUGACGAGAGCGCGUACAUCAAGCGGGCCGAGGGAAUCGAGCGGCAGUACCGCAAGAAGUGCGGGAAGUGCGGCCUGCUGCUCUUCUACCAGCACCAGGAGAAGAACACCGCCGCCACCUUCAUCGUGGACGGAGCCGUGGUCAAGUUCGGACAGGGCUUCGGCAACACCAGCGUGUACAGCCAGAAGCAGCCGGAGGCGCCCAAGAAGGUGCGGGUGAUGAUGACCAAGCGCACCAAGGACAUGGGCAAGUUCAGCUCCGUCACGGUGUCCACCAUCGACGAGGAGGAGGAGGAGAUCGAGGCCAGGGAGGUGGCGGACUCCUACGCUCAAAACGCCAAAGUGAUCGAGAAGCAGCUGGAGAGGAAAGGCAUGAGCAAGAGGAGGCUGCAGGAGCUGGCCGAGCUGGAGGCCAAGAAGGCCAAGAUGAAGGGCACGCUCAUUGAUAAUCAGUUCAAGUAGAGACGGAUGAAGUGGGACCCUGGGGGAAGCUUCUCAGGGAUGGGACACUGUGUGGAGUGUUUGAAACAAAGGACUGCUGAUUUGUUUAGUUGUUUAUAUAAGAACUUUGACCUUGGUCCUAAAUGUAAGGCCUUUUAUGUUGUAAAGAUAUUGACAGCUCAAAUAAAAAGCUUUGGUAUUCUUUUAAAGCAGUUAUUCUGUUUUUCAUAUUGAUCCAGCUUCUUUUCUGUUUAGUCCAACUGAAAGAUAAAUUCUCCUCGGCCGGUUUGCUCUGUUAAUAUUUGUUCCAUCCAUCUUUGAGUCUCGAGAAGAAGAAAAGAAAGGAAAACAUUAACAGGAAUGUUCCCAGACCUGGGAGUUUUCUGUCUGCUCACGGUCUGUUCCUGAACACUGAGUGAUGUACAGUGAAGUAUUCACACUUCAUUUUUGACAAUCAAAAGAGAGUGAAAUGAGAUUUUACUUGAAGUAUCAAGUGGUGAUUGCAUAAUUGACAAACUCAACUUAGUAGAGGAGUCGCAUUCAACCCAGCUUGAGCUCACUGGGGCUGAAGUGGUGAAACGAGAGCCUACAUGAUGGUAAUUCCACAUUUUAAUUUUACAGCAAAAUAAUGAAAUGUUUGAAUUGAAUAGUAUUUUUCUAACAAAACUUACUGUAACCAACUUUAAAUUUCUCAUGAGAAGCUUAAGUGAUCUGAAAUGUGAAACUUUCAGUCCAGGUUCAUGCUUAGAAGAACACUAUUGCAAAUAUUACCCCUAUACUGCUGUACAAUUUGCUGGUGUCCUGACAAAGCAC